ACCAAUCGGAAGUGAGUAUUUUUCGCGCUGAUUGGGACUCGAACUGAGUUUCCCCGCAAAGCUUUAAAUUGAACGGAGUCGGCGUUUUCAAGAUGAUUCAAACUGACUAUUUUCCAAUUUGAUAACUAUUCGAGAAAUUCAGCAGCUGAGUGAGGUUGGAUGGGAUGGACAGUAAGGGACGGUCUGGGAUGGACAGUACCAGUAAGGGGCGGUCUCUGCCCUCUAUGCCAGAGGCCCUCAACCCAGUCAGCAUGAAUCAGCUGUCUGAACCCCUGGGGGGGAGGAUGGGUGGGGGUGAUCUGGGGGUGGACCCGGCCCUGCUGAUGGACAAGGCAGCUGCCCAGUUGGCCGUGACACUCCAGGACAGUGUUCUAAACAACAUGGCUGCCCAUGGUCAUAACCAUAACAACCACAGGCAUGAGAGGCUGAAGGACCUGACGUCCCUCAUGCUGAACGGCGACCAGGACAAGCUGUGCCACCCUGAGCCCCCCACCCUGAAGGGUGCUGAGGCCCCCCCCUCCCACCCCAGCCCCCAGAGGAAGGCCACCUCCCCCGAGAUUAAACUGAAGAUCACCAAGAUGGUGUCCAAGGGGAAACCGCCACACUUCGAGCCGUGCUGUGGAGAGGGGCCCAACCUGCCUGCGGAUACUGAGGGCCUCGUGGCUCUUGCCAGCAAGGAGGGGAGGAGAAAGAGAAGACCCAUUAAACUCAAACACAGCUCUGCCUCUAACCCUGUUCCUAUGGAGGUGUCUGCUGCCAGUCAGCCAGAGGAGGGCACUGCUGCCCCACAACAGAUCCAGCAGGCCAGUACUCUGGUGGAGGAGGAGGAGAGUCUGGAGGAGGAGGAGAGUCUGGAGGAGGAGGAGAGCCUGGAGGAGGAGGAGAGCCUGGAGGAGGAGGAGAGCCUGGAGGAGCAGUCUAUCCCUGUCCAUGCAGGGUUCUCCGUGGGUGAUGUGGUGUGGACCAAGGUGCCAGGUUCUCCCUGGUGGCCCUGCAUGGUGUCCACUGAUCCAGAACUCAACACACACCUCAAACACAAAGCAAUUAACAGCCGGACAGCUGGAGUCAUGUACCACGUCCAGUAUUUUGGAGACACCCUGGAGAGAGGCUACAUCUUUGAGAAGAACAUGGUGUCAUUCAGGGGGGAGGAGCAAUAUGUCGAGCUCUGCCAUGGCGACAAACAACCUGCCUCCCGGGUCGUCCACAGGAAGAGUACCACUCUGUCUGUUCCUCGUAAGCUCCAUGCCCAGUGGGUGGUGGGCAUCACUCAGGCCAAGGAGGCUGCCAGCCUGGCCCUGGAGGAACGCCUGGUCAAGUACACCUUUACCCACGAUAGUGGCGGACCACACCUCAACCCCCACGUGCUGGCUAAGCUUUACCCUGCUGAGCCUGGCCAAUAUCCUGUACCAUCCAGUCGGAGCCCCCUGCCCCCCAGCCCUGCCAGCCCCCAGGCAGACAGCAGCACUUCCCUCGGGAAGAAGAGAGGAGGCCCCAGAAAAACCGAUGGGAAGCGGAAGCAGACUACUUUUACACAGAAAAAGAAAGCUAACAUGGUGGUCUCUCCUAAAGGACCAACACAGAUGCCGUUUCAGGAUGGCCUCUCCACCACCUCAGAGACUGAACUACUUGAAUCUCAGAGCCAGAAGAGGUCCACACUGAGAACUGAGAGGAAGAGAUCCAAAGUGGUUAUUGUGACUACAGACAUUCCAGAAACCCUGUCACCUGCACCCACAGCGAUAGGUAGGAAGGAACGUCAGAAGCAGCAGCCUGGUCAACAGCCCGGUAAACGAGCUCUAAAGGAGACCGAGGAGAAGGACCAACAGCCCGGUAAACGAGCUUUAAAGGAGACCGAGGAGAAGGACCAACAGCCCGGUAAACGAGCUUUAAAGGAGACCGAGGAGAAGGACCAACAGCCUGGCAGACGAGCUCUAAAGGAGACCGAGGAGAAGGACCAACAACCGAAAAAGAAACCUAGAGUAGGUGACAAACAGAAGGCUGUGGCAGCAGAGUCCUCCGCCCCCACGAAGAAGAGAAACAGAAAGAAAACGGAGACACACGUUAAAGGAUUCACUAGGUCUAAAUCACCAGAGAAAGAACCAGAGAUGAUUAAGCCAAUCAGGAAGAGGCAGGACUUGGCCAUCCAAUCAGCAGCUUCCCAGGCCAAGAAGAGGAAGCGAGCAGCAGCCAGUCCUGAGCCAGAGGGCUCUGGCGGUGAGGAUCGUCCAGAGUCCCCCAGUGACAGCAUAGACCAGGCCAGCGGGGCCAAGAAGGCAAACGGAGGAGGCCCCAAGAAGGAAUCUGUCUGUCAGGUGUGUGAGCAGGCUGGAGAGGACGUGGUGCCAUGUGAGGGUCAGUGCUGUGGGUCCUUUCACCUCUCCUGUCUAGGAUCCACCCUGAAACCACAGGACAAGCUGCUCUGUCCAGACUGCACCUCAGGGGUGCACCAGUGUUUCAGCUGUAAGCUGUCGGAGGGGGAGGUGCAUCGCUGUAACGUGCUGCACUGUGGGAUGUUCUACCAUGACGCCUGCGUCCGCAACAAUACCCUCACUGUGUUUGACAACAAGGGCUUCCACUGCCCGCUUCACACCUGCAUCAGCUGCCACUCCAAACCCAAGGCUACCAAGGGUAAGCUGAUGCGUUGCCUGCGCUGCCCGGUGGCGUACCAUACAGGAGAGGUGUGUGUUGCGGCUGGCAGUGAGAUGUUGACCCCCACCACCAUCAUCUGCACCAACCAUUUCUCACCCAAGAAGGGCUACAGCCACCACUCGCAUGUCAACGUCAGCUGGUGCUUCGUCUGCUCCAAAGGUGGCCAGCUCCUGUGCUGUGAGUCGUGUCCAGCAGCGUUCCAUCCAGACUGUCUGAACAUCGCCAUGCCGGAUGGCAGCUGGUUCUGUAACGACUGCCGGGCCGGAAAGAAACCCAAAUAUAGAGACAUCAUCUGGGUCAAACUGGGCAACUACAGGUGGUGGCCUGCAGAGAUCCAGCACCCCCGGAACAUCCCCACCAACAUCCAGCACCUUCGCCACAAAAUCGGAGAGUUCCCAGUCUUCUUCUUUGGUUCUAAGGACUACUUCUGGACGCACCAGGGUCGAGUUUUCCCCUACAUGGAGGGAGACAGGGGCAGCAGGGUCCAGAAGACUGGGAUAGGGAAGGUCUUCAAGAACGCGCUUUUGGAGGCAGAGAAUCGCUUCAAGGAGAUCAAGAUGGAACGGGAGGCCAAGGAGACGCAGGAGAACAACAGGAAACCACCUCCGUACAAAUACAUCAAGAUCAACAAGCCCUGUGGCCGGGUGCAAGUCUACACAGCCGACGUAUCAGAGAUCCCCAAGUGUAACUGUAAGCCCACGGAUGAGAAGCCGUGUGGGUUUGAGUCAGAAUGCCUGAACAGGAUGUUGAUGUACGAGUGCCACCCUCAGGUCUGUCCCAAUGCAGAGCGAUGCUGCAACCAGGACUUCACCAAGAGACACUACCCAGAGACUAAGAUCAUCAAGACUGCUGGCAAGGGCUGGGGUCUGGUGGCACUACGGGAUAUUAAGAAGGGUGAGUUUGUGAAUGAGUACAUCGGAGAGCUGAUCGAUGAAGAGGAAUGUCGCUCCAGGAUCAAGUACUACCAGGAGAAUGACAUCACUCACUUCUACAUGCUCACCAUCGACAAGGACCGGAUCAUAGACGCUGGCCCCAAAGGAAACUACUCCCGCUUCAUGAACCACAGCUGCCAGCCCAACUGUGACACGCAGAAGUGGACGGUGAACGGAGACACGAGAGUCGGGCUGUUCGCUGUCUGUGACAUCCCUGCUGGGACAGAGCUCACCUUCAACUACAACCUGGAUUGCCUUGGUAAUGAAAAGACGGCGUGUCGCUGUGGGGCUUCCAACUGUAGCGGUUUCCUUGGAGAUCGGCCCAAGACGUCUGGUUUCCAGGCCGCGGAGCCCAAGGCGAAGAAAGCCAAGAAGAAAGUGAAGAAGCGCCGGGCGCGUAACGAGGGGAAGGAGUCUGAGGAUGAGUGUUUCCGCUGUGGAGACGGAGGUCAGCUGGUUCUGUGUGACAGGAAGAGCUGCACCAAGGCCUUCCACCUCUCCUGCCUGGACCGCACCAAGAGACCCUUCGGGCGCUGGGACUGCCCGUGGCACCACUGUGACGUCUGUGGGAAGCCAUCUGAGGCCUUCUGCCAGCUGUGCCCCAACUCAUUCUGCAAGAACCACCAGGAGGGGGCGCUACGGCCCUUGCCCCCCAAGGGACAGCUCUGCUGCCAGGAGCACGACCACCUCUAACCCAACACCCAGAGUGGACUGAGGCCUAGGCUGACCCGGACCCCGACACACCCCCUCGGACCCCCUAAAGGCUUCAGGAGAGGCCUUGACCACAGUCUGGGAGACGCUGACCUGCAGCAGAACUGGGCCCAACUCCAUAAUGUCUUCAAGAUGACAGACGGACAGAAAUCCCUUUAUCAAUGUAUGUUGUCUCUCUCCUCAUCAGGGAUCUGCUGUACUAAUCUACAACUCGAACCAACCAGGUCCUUUUACACUCAGAUAGCCAGCUAAUCAGGUCCUUCCACCUGUUAGUUGUUUGUCUGUAACUCGUCUGCACUGAGAGAACUAAACACACACCUGUCUGUGGUACAAACACACAAGACAGUCAGAGUACAGUACACCUCCCAGCUACAGUCAGAGUACAGUACACCUCCCAGCUACAGUCAGAGUACAGUACACCUCCCAGCUACAGUCAGAGUACAGUACACCUCCCAGCUACAGUCAGAGUACAGUACACCUCCCAGCUACAGUCAGAGUACAGUACACCUCCCAGCUACAGUCAGCAGAGUACAGUACACCUCCCAGCUACAGUCAGCAGAGUACAGUACACCUCCCAGCUACAGCCGGCUACAGCAUUUGUCUCAUCUCUUGAAGCGCCACUGCUCUCCUCUCAUAGAUGACUUUAAACAGUAGAGGUUUCUAUUAUUUAUGUGUGUAUAUGAAAGAGCAACGUUCUAGUAAUACUGGAAUAUUGUUAGUUCCAGGUGGUUUUAUAUCUGAUAAGUAAUAUCUAUGGAUAGGCCUUGAAUUAGGUUUGUUUCCUGUAAUAGCCAUAGGAUACAUUUCAUUUUAAGUACAUGAUAUUGUUUUAAUUGUUUUCUUCAUUUGAGUGAUGCUAGUAUACCUGGUCAGAUAGUGUUAUUAAAGCACAGAGCUGAAACCUUA